AUGGAGCUCCACGACACCUCUUCUUCCGCCUCUUCGGUCAAGCCGCUGCGCGAUAAGUCACUCUAUUCUUUUUUCAGCAGCUCCGCCACCCAACGUCAGCCGUCUCAGUCGUCGCCUAGCCCGGAACAUGAGGCAGAUGCUAUCCAGGAAUACGACUCUGGUGACUCCGCCCAUGAGGCCAGCGUGAGGCCGCGCAAGCGCCCUCGCCAUGGCAGUGACGACGCCAGACGUGGCAGUCAGAAAUUCCUCAAGCCGUCGUCUGCCGCCAAGAAGCAUCCUGCCGAGGUGCCUCCUCACCGGCCUUGGGUUGAAAAGUACGCGCCCGUCAACCUCGACGAGCUUGCAGUGCACAAGAAAAAGGUGGCCGACGUCAGGAAAUGGCUGGCCGCUGUGCUUCAACGGCGCGACCCAAAGCGCCUUCUCAUCCUCAAGGGUGCGGCAGGCACGGCCAAGACGACCACUCUUCACCUGUUGUCCAAAGAAUUGAUGUUCGAUCUAAUUGAAUGGAAGAACCCCACGGGUUCCGACUUCUCUUCAGAUAACUUUGUCUCCUUGUCAACUCACUUCGAAGACUUUAUGAGCCGCAGUGGCAAGUUUGGGAGCUUGGAGCUCGGAGGUCCGCAGGGUACAGCCUCCGACACGUCUGCGGGCAGGCAAGUAAUCCUGAUCGAAGAUUUCCCAAACACCUUUGCGCGCUCGUCAUCGGCUCUGCAAGCAUUCCAGACCUCCGUCCAGCGGUACCUAUCUUCGUCUAUUCCUCUCGGCAAGCUGCCCAUGUAUCCCACAGAAGCUCUUACCCCAGUCACACCCAUUGUUAUGGUCAUCUCGGAGACAUUGCUAUCAACAAGCACAGCGGCUGCCGACAGUUUCACGGCGCAUAGACUUCUAGGACCUGACAUUAUGAACCACCCUGGCACCAGCGUCAUCGAAUUCAAUGCAAUUGCACCCACUAUCUUAACGAAAGCCCUCGAACUCGUAGUGAACAAAGAGGCACGCCAGUCAGGCAGGAGGACAACUCCCGGUCCCCAGGUCAUCAAGAAGCUCGCCGAGAUUGGUGACGUACGCAGCGCCAUUUUCUCACUGGAAUUUCUCUGCGUGCGCGGCGACGAAUCAGCGGACUGGGGCAGUAAGGUCACGUUCAAGGGCCCGGCAAAGGGCAGUCGGGGUAAGCCACUUACGAAGAUGGAGCAAGAGUCAUUGGCGAUGGUCACACAAAGAGAAAGUAAACUGGGGAUAUUCCAUGCUGUGGGCAAGGUUGUAUACAACAAACGAGAUGAACCAACGGGUGACAGUGACGUUCCGCAACCUCCAUAUCAUCUACCUCAGCACAUUCGUCCAAAACCUUCGGAAGUCAAGCCAGAUACCCUUUUGGACGAGCUGGGAACAGAUAUUUCCACGUUCAUCGCAGCUCUGCAUGAAAACUACAUACUUUCGUGCAAUACCACAAGCGAAGAGGACACCUUUGAUGCUAUCAAUGGAUGCAUUGACGCUUUGUCAGAUGCUGAUUUGCUUUCUCCUGACCGCUUCAGUGCUGCAGGCCUUGCAAGGCGGACACACCAAGGAACCGGUGCCGACAGCUCACGACAGGAAGAGAUGAGCUUCCAAGCUAGUGUCCGCGGGUUACUUUUCAGUCUGCCAUAUCCAGUCAAUAGGAGCCUGCCCCCACCCGGAAUGAAAGGAGGGAGAACGCCACUGGGUGCAAAGUCUGACGCCUAUCGGAUGUUCUACCCGACCUCUGCCAGACUGUGGCACCUUCGGGAGGAGAUUGAAGGGCUUCUUGACCUCUCCUUCCGAAGAGCACAAAUGGAAUCCUCGGCCGGCACACCGAGAGAAGCAAUAACUGUUCCAUCUCAUGGAAAUGGCAGCGUUGAGACAUGGGGUAACAAUGGCGGCUUCAAUCGCAAGCGGCAACAAAGUCACGAGGGCGACGGAAGUGCUGUGCCACCUGCUCUUGGCCUUGGUGGCAUGGCCAAGCGCGAAAUGCUGCUCGAGCGCUUGCCAUAUAUGGCUACUGUCCUGCGACGAGGAGGCUCGACUUCCGGGCCUGCCGCUUCGAGGCUACGGGAGAUUGAGAAGAUCGUUGAUUUUCGCGGUGUCAAUAUCGGAUCGGGUGAUGAUCUUACCGAAGAUUUUGGCCGGGAUGUGGAGGAUCAGCAGUGGCAUGUGGAGCAACCGGUCAUGUUCGAGCCGGCAAGGGCGGGGAACGUGGUCGGUUCCAACGAGGAAGGAUUGGAGAAGCUUGUGUUAAGCGACGACGAUAUUCAAGACGAUUAG